GAACAGAGAGCGGAAAGGCUGUGGUUAGUUUGUCCUUUGCAGGUACUGCUGCGUGAUUCGACUCUGUUUACUCCCAUAACCCGACUGACGUUAAUGGAAAGGGCAUAAUGCUCAGACAACAAACCAUUUGACCAGGACAGACGAAACCAGCCUCCAGUAGGCCAUCAGUAGAGAUGGCCUUCUUCCGGCAGCUGAAACUUCUUCUCUGGAAGAAUUGGCUGGCAGUCAUCAGACGACCACUAUGGUCCGUGACUCUGAUCCUCUGGCCUCUGACCCUCUUCAUAAUCAUUGGUGUGGCCCGCAAAAGCUUCCCUCCAAUAACAAAAGAGACAUGUUUUGUGAGACCCCGAAACCUGCCCAGCACAGGCUUCUUCCCUUUCCUGCAGACCCUCAUGUGCAACACAGACAGCAACUGUCAAAACAAAUCAAGCUUUGUGGACCCAGCUGCAUUAAAGUCAACUAUGAAAACCUCAAGGGAUGCGAGGUCAAACUUACUGAUUCAGGGGAUAGAUAUGAACUUUGCUCUCUCCAAAGACGCCAGAAAGGAUCCUGCAGCACUGAUUAAGGCCUUGACCAACCUUUUGGGUCCAUCUAACCAAGGAAGCUUGAAUAAUGCCUCUCUCAUGAACGCCAUGAAUACCACUCUCCUGGGAAAUCAGACCUUGAACAAAAUGCUGGAGUCAGUAAACCUGUUGAAGGCAGCCAUCUGCAAAAUGACGCUGCCCAUGGUAAACACAACAUCGGCCAACUCCCUCUCCCAUGCUGCGGUCACUUUCUGCAAGUCCAACAACACCGUGUUGGAGGUCUCGCUCAACACACUCAACCAGAUACUGACGGAUCUGAUGGUGACAAAACCAGAUGAGAUGAUGACGCUGGCUGGGGCUGCGGUGUUGGUCUUCGAUCAGCUGCAAAAUCAGACCUCACUGUGGGAAAACCUUCUAGCUAUUCCCCGGCUCUUCUCUUCCAGUUCUGAGGACCAUGUGCUGGCCGGCGCAGAGGGCCUACUCACCAACAUACAGGGUGCUUUGCAUGUCAUCCAGAGCAUUAUCCCUGAAGCCGGUGCCUCACUUUCUGCGGUGCAUCCACUCCUUGCUGGAGGCAUCAACCUGAUCCACUAUGCUCAAAACUGGCCUGGCAAAGAUGUGUCCAUUUCCCUGGGAGAGGUUGUCACGUUGCAGAACGAUUCACUAAGUGAAAUGGUAAAACGUGUUCUACAAGAGGUCAAAAUACCACUGGACAAGGCUAUCGGCCUAACAUUGGACAGAGACAUGGUGCAUUUGCACUUGUGUGGCAACAGCAGUAAGCCAUUGUGGUUAACCGCAGCGUGCAGUACAGGGACAGUGGGCAUGCUCCUGGGCUGGAUCAGCCCUGAUAAGGUGGCAAAGCAGGCUCUCCUGGUAUGGAGUAAGAAUGUUGCUCCACAUGAUCUGUCCUUCGCCAAAGGGCUCCUGCACAGUGUGAUGGGAGGUGUAUACCCAGGAGGACAAGGAGGCUCCAACAUCACGAGGACCCGGCGUAGCGUAGUUACACAACCACAAAACGUUGAUGAGGAGCUGUUUUUAGGGGUUGGUCAAGUGGUGUUGGAGAUUAUAAAACUUGUGCCAGAGCUGGAUCUGGUUGUCCAGAGCAUCCUCCAAACUGGCUUUCAUUCCAUGAAGUCAGCAACACUGGCCCUUGAUACUGUUGAAGAUAUGAUGCUCAGUGUCCUGAAAGAUGCUGAUCAACUCCAAAUGACUUUUCUAACGUUGCUGACAAACCAGUCUGAGGCAAGCGUUUGGAUUGCUCACGUCCUGGACAAUGUGAUGGAAAUUAUCGAAAUGAUUCCAAAGAUUCUGUCUGAGCCUACACAAUGUGAAGAUCUCUUGGGUCCCUUUGAGUGGCUCUUAAACACAGAAAGCAUAAAGAUCGAGUUGUGGAGAUCAGUGAUCUGUCAGAACAGCUCCGCUCUACAGCAAGCGCUACUAAUGGACUGGCUGCCGUUGGUUCAGAAGGCACAAGUCGUAUACAGCGCCCUGACAGACAGAGACGACUACAACGUGACACUUCCCAUGAUUCUCUCUCAGUGGCACAAGCUGUGCAAUAGCAGCGUGCAGUUUGGUAUGCUUUUGAACAAACUGGCGUCAAAGCUAAUUGGAGAAUACUGGAUGAACUGCAUGCCAGACAACAGCACUCAUGAUGUUACAUGGACUCUUCAACAAAGUGCUUCCUUGUUCAUGGUGAAUUUGGGAGAAAAGAUUGAGAAGACUCAACUGUGGCACGAGGUAAAGAACUAUUUCCACAUGCUUUAUUGGAUUUUGAACUACAGGCCCGAUGUCACAACUCAGCCAGCAAACUGUUCUAUUAACAUGGACUACUCAGCCAUUCACUGCGAUAACGGUUUGAAAUGGCCACAGUUUGUUCAAGCAAUGACUCAGGCUCUGAUGUCACCAAACCAAGAUGUCCUGGUGAAUUGUCUCAAAGGAACGGUGAAUCUGUUGCAGCAUGUAUACGGUGACGUCUAUAAACAUUUGGCAGGAUCAUAUUUGAAAGGAAUCAAAGGUGGAGAUGCACUCUCAGCCUACCUGAUAAACCUGAUGCAAACCCUGGAUGGCUUUGUCAACACGAUCUCCAUGCUUCCUGACCAAAACAUCACUAACCCUGACGUCAUGCUUCCCCUCGUCGGUAACCUGUUGCAGUCCACGGGUCUGAAACCACUGCUUCCUCUGCUCUUCGGUGAUGGUCCCCUGAAUGUCUCUACAGUGCUCGAUGUUUCCUCAAAGCUCGGCAGGCUCAACCAGCACAUUUUUAGCUUCAAUGAGACAGACCCAACGAUACCCGAACUUGAACGGUUGAUAAUGCAGUUUUUCUCCUUGGAAGGUAACCUCACCCUAUCUCUCUCCCACAUCACGGGACACACUCUGCUUACCUAUUCAAACUACUUCCAACCUGAAGAAGUGGGCCGUCUCAGAGAAGCGCUCCAACCUUUCACCAACCAGACCUCAGCAGGCCUCGUAGAAGCCAUCCUCAGUGCCAUGGAGCUACUGAAGAAAGUCAUGGAUUCUCCAAACAGUGACCCAACUAACAUCAUUCUUGGGUACCUACACCAGCUUCAAGAAUGCGUGAUGUCUCUGUUUCGACUGCGAAAAAUGCAACAUAUUCCGUUACCAAAUGGGCAGUUUAGCCCAGCCCAAGUCACUGACCUCCACCUGAUUGCCAGGGACUUUCUCAACCUUUUAAGCCCAGAAGGCCUUCAGAACCUGUCUCAGGCUGGACCAGAUGCUGCUCAGAACAUUAUUGCACAAAGAUUUGUUGCAUUCCUACCACCUGAGGUCCAACAGGAGGCUGCCCGCUUUCUCCAGGAUUUCAAAGCUCUGCAGAAUCAGAUGACGGAAUGUCCAGAAGGCAAAAACUGUUUGUCUGGGAUCUCAGAGAUCUUUACAUUCCUGGAUCAGAUAUUAGACAUGAUGCUCUCAGCCAACGGUAAUGUAACCAUCAAAUUACCUGCGACCAACUCUGUUCUGGAGGGACGGGAAUAUGAGGAAAUGACAUCCUUGUUCUUCUCACUCCUGUCCUCUAAUGAUACUGCCUGUGUGAAAACAUCCAAGCAGGUUCUUCAUUUCAUCAGAUUGAUCAUGGAUACACCAAAUAUUACUGUGUCUGAUGUCCAGAAUGCUCUGCGGCAGGCAAACCUCACCCUUGAGGAGCUGAACGACAUUGCUGCACUAGCUGGAGCUGCCAACAUAAACGACAUGAUGGUGAAUGUAAUGGAGAUUAUCAAUGUUCGCCAGUGUUACGAACAACAGCGUGACCCGAUGAUGACAGCACAGUGUGUUAUGGGAUUGAUAAACGGUGUCAGCGGUUUCCUGACUCACCUACCUGCUCUCCGUAAUGAGACAGCCAUCCUCUCCCUCAUCCCAUUAAUUGUCAAUAACGCUAUCAGUGAUGUCGUCCAAGUUAACUUCAGCUCCAACCCUAACAUGGCUCUCGCACACACCCUGAACAGCACCCUGGCCAAUAUCAAGAUGAACCUCCAGCUGAACCAGCUGUACACUCCAGACAUCAUGAAUGAAAUCACAGUGGUAGAGGGUCUCAUACAACUGGUUGCCAACACUGAACCAUUCAACAAUUUAAACAACACCUCUCUGAUGAACCCCAUGUAUGCUCAGAAAGUAUAUCUAGAUAUUGUGGAAUGGUACUUGAAAAGGCUGGAAAAUAUCACCAGCGCAAGCUCCGUCUCAGAGCUCCUCACUCCCUUUUACUACCUCACACACAUGCAAGUGACAUUACAGCUGGCACAGGUGGAUUUCUCUUUGUUUGUAAGUAAGCAGGUCGAGUUCCUGAUCGACGACCUCCAGUACCCAUUAGAUGGUGCAGGGGUGAUUAAAAUUGGCCUGGCAACGGUUGAGAUUGUCCGGCGUCAAUUUGAAUUGAUAAUGGCCAACGUAGAGGCUCAGAAUAACUUUCCAGGUGCUAACCAGUCGUUACAAAACACAACCAUUCUUCAUGUCGCUGAGCUCCAAGUCAAUCAAUACCUCGACCUAAUAGAGAAGUGGAUGAAACAACCAAAUGUCAAGUCGAUCUUCAGUAGUAUGCUCCAAUGGGGAAACCCCGACAUGAAUGUCUCCACCCCUGUGACAGACCUCCAGCACCUGCUGGGGACGAUGGCAACUGUUCUCGGUGAUGAUCAACAGGCCUACCUCUCCGCCAUUGGCAAUAUCACCAAGUCCCUGAGCAAAGCCCUAAUGGUGGCAGAGCAACCAGGUGGCCUACAGAGUGACCACUUCUUAGCUGCCGUCUUGGAAGCCUUCCAAAGUGCUAUGCAGAUCCUGACCGCAGCCACAGGCCCCCUGCCGCUCUCUGUACAGCAGAACAUCCUGGAAAUUGUGCAGGACUCACUUCAGCUCAUUGUCCAAACAGACAUGAGUUUUGCCUCAUCACGUAACAUCUCCCUCCUCAUCCUCAAGAGGGCUGAGAGCAUCAUCCAACAAACAGUACCCGAAAUGUUCGCUGAAUACUUGCUUUGUGGACUCAAAGUAGCGACCACGUAUUUUAAGAGCAUCUCCGUGGUCAGUGGACCAGACAGCUGGAAUCAGUUGAUUCUGGAGGAGAUGAAAACAGUCCAGAACCUCCUACCGCCAAACAGCACAGCACAGGCCUACGUCUCCACCCUCAUUCACAUCACGCACUUUAUCAUGGAGUCUGGCCAAGGAAACAUGAGUCUCUGGGCAUCUUUUGAGAGUGCAUCAGUAGAAGAUUUGCCCUUCAUUUUUGGCAAGAUGGGCAAACUCUUGAGCAUGCUUUGGCCACUCGUUAUGCAAGGCCCAGGCUCACAUACAACUGCUCCAUCUCUGGGGGGCCUUGCACAUCUUGUUCCAGUCCUGGAGCAAGUGAUGACUGGGAAGGCCGACCAAGACACGUGGCAAAAACUUGAAGAGAUACUACACACCCUACUGUCAACCCUCAAAGGAACAGAGCAAUGGGACAGUGUCCCAACUGUUAAUUUACAGUUUGAGAAAAUCAUAGGAAGUAUGGUAAACAACAUGCAAGCACAGAACGAGAUGAUUCAAAGCCUUCAGAUGCCUGUGGUGACAUUGAUCAAUGAAAUUACACGGUCUGUGAACUCCAGUCAUUUUAACUUGUCUGAGGCCUUGGAAAGAAUGGAGCUUGCCAUAGAACACACGGUGCAGGCAGCUGAACAGGCUAAUGGCACGUUGGAGUGCAGUCAAGUUCUCAAGGCAUGGGAGCCAGUGAGAGAGGCAGCAGGGUUAAGCAACGCCACCAUGGCUAUGUGGUGCAACAUCAGCCUGCAGCCUGUUUUUGAGGCCUGUGCUGCAGCCCAGACUGUCUACACACACAUGAACACGAGUCACAUGGGUGUGGGACCAAUGACUGUGAGUGCCACAUCUGCCCGGAUUGUCAGGACUGUACAGUCUCUCUACCAAGUCAACAUAAACAGCGCACUUGUGACAGAGCAGCUUUUUGCAGCUUUGUAUAGCCAGCUCUCUAAGCUUGCAGGCCAGCCUCUGAGCCCUGAGGCGCAGCUACACUGGUACAAGCAGCUCCAAGACAUGCAGUUGCAAGACAGUUUGUCUUCCUUCAAAAUGCUCUCAGAUGAGCUGGUAAAUGUGGCCCCGUUCAUCCAGCCUUACACUGAAGCUAUAGAAAAAUCACUGAGCCAUAUCCUGGACAACUGCCAUCUCAUUCAAGACAACAGCUCAUCCCAGGACCUCUUCGAAGAGGCAGCAAUGAUCUUCCUCUUCUCUGCAAACAUCACGACAGACGACAUCCUCUCCAUGAUGUGGGGAAAUUCUUCCGGACUCAAUGAAGCGCCUCUUACCGAAAUGAUAAGGGAAGCGGUAAAACAGGUGAUUGACAUGAAUGCAUUUGGGAAUGCGCAUAUGGUUUACCAAGCCUUGGAGCAAUUUCUGAGCUCCAACGGCUCAAGCGUGAUUGUGCAGAAGGUGGCCGCGUUCUGUGCAUGGUGGGGCUACACUGAAGCGUCUGGACUGGAUCUGCUGACUCAGGCUCUGGCCAAAGUGUACGACAUCAUCGGGCCUCUCUUGUCUGGUCUGACCCAGCUGAGUGGGGACAUGUCAGUAAACAUGGAGCUUAAAGACCUAGCUGGAAACCUGAUUGCACUGCUGAGGCAGUUGGUAAGCACCAGUGGUCUUCUGACCCCCAUGGACCACCGUCCAAGCAUGUUUCAGAAGGACAUGACAGCCGGUAACCAUACGACGAGGAUCCGACACAGACGUGAGGCCCCGUUGAUGCUGCCAAGGGACCCCAUGGAUGACUUCAUAGACCUCUUCUACAUUGACUACCCUGCAAUGUUCAAAGCCAUCUCUGUCCCUGCUACCACAACAGAAAUGAUGGACACAGUCCACAUGCUCUUUGCCAACCCUGAUCUGAGCGUUGUGGUGAAGGGAGCUACAAGUGGCAUGCCGUGGGGCUGUAAUGCUUCUCAGGAAGAGACCAUUGAUGCUGCUCUUGGAGUGCUCUCCUUCCUCACUCUCCCUACAGCACUUCAGAUGUCGUCAAUGGAUCUACUGACAAAUGCCGCCGAUAUGCUUCCCGGUGGCUUUCCAUUCUCCUCGGUGCUUAAAAAUAUCACCAGAGUGCUUGCCUAUGAAUCUCAAGAGAACCUGAUGCUCAUGCAAGAGACCAUCCAAACAGCCGCUGAGCUCCUUCAGAUCAACGUGAUGGACCCGCAAUUCACUGAGCAACUUGGCAACCUGAGAUCCAAGGUGUGCACCUUGGAGAAUACAGAGUCUGUGCGUCUGCUGAUGUCGGCCUUCUCCAUUGAGCCCGGUCAGCUGUGUCAGACCGUUCUACCCAGCCUGCAGAUCUUGGUUGAGAAUUUGAAUAUGAACACGACCUUUUUGACCGAUGCCAUCUUCCUAGCCGUCAUCGGAGACCCCAAAGCCUACAAUAUCCAGUCAAACUGGUCCUCUGUUUUGAGUCAAGGGUUUGGCUUUAACACCAGCAGCCUGAGCUCUUUCAACAUUAACACCACCUCCCCAGGAGUGGUGACGGUGGGUGAGAUGCUGAGGAAUAAAACAGCCUUCGUUUUGGAUGUUCAGCAACAUAUGGAUUUCGACCCAGCUGCUCUGCGCCUCCUGAUGGAAACCAUGCUACCAAAUGACAAUUUAGAGAUCCUGUCCUGGUUGGUCAACUUGCGUCAUUGCAACUCCGCUACAGCCUUGAAAAUGAAAAAGACAGAUGUGGACCUCUCAAAGACCUUCUGCUCCUUGUCUGUAGAACAGUGGUACAGCUUCUCGCUGCUCAUGGCUCGCCAUCUCAACAUGGAGAAACUCAUCUACAGAAGGGUUUUGUCUGAAGAACUGCAGAGCCUGGUGGGAGUUAUGCUCCAGAUUGCUGAGGUUAUAACCAACAUGAUGGACACAAUUAUUCCUGCUGUGGGUCAGCUUCAAAACUUCAUGCUCUCCAUCGAAGACCUCAACCUGGUGGCCAACAGCGAAUUUCACCAGAUGGUGAGAGGAAAGAGGUCCACCAUCUCUAGCAAAGCGACCUUUGUCACCCUCUCUCGAGCGUUGUGCAAUAAAGGAAUCCUGGCUGUGCUGGGAAUCUCAAAACUCCCCAUCACGACAGAGUCAGACUCCGCCUUCCCCGACCAGCACCAGAGGGAGCAGAUGAUUGAGAGGUUCAAGAUUCCAACAAAUGCCACUCCCUUCUGUAUGAACAUGUACCUGGACAUGGUCAAUACCACUGGAGGAGCCAUUGCCUGGGCCUUCCUCAAACCGAUGCUGAUGGGACAAAUUCUGUAUACCCCUGACACACCUGUCACCAGGGCCAUAAUGGAGAAGGCCAAUGCCACCUUGCAGGAGUUUGCGAAUCUUAGGAAGUACUCCGAGGACUGGAUUGAGUCCUCCAACUUCAUCAUAAAGUCUGCCGAAAUACUUACCCACACUUUGCCAAUGCUGCAGAAUUCCCUCGGCAAUUCCUUUGUUGAGAAUUUCAUUGAGAUGCAGACAGACAUCAAUGUCGGCAGAAUGAAGGAGACGCUCAGCAACUUCUCUAACAUGACCGUCAUGCUGGAGAAAAACAAACGCAUAAUGAACCAGAUCACCACCUUGUCAAGCCUGAUGGUGAACAUCUCCUCCUGUAUCAAGUUUGACCGUUAUCGUGGCUACGACUCUGCCGACGAGCUCAACACUGUAGCUCAGGACCUUGCCAAAAACCGUGAUCUCUACGCAAGUGUCAUCUUUAAGCUUCCCAAAGACGAGGACUCAUCCUCCGCCACAUCCUCCCUGCCUCCCAAAGUCAGCUACACUAUCCGCAUGCACAUGGACAACGUCAUGCGUACUGACCGAGUCCGGGAAGCUAUAUUUUAUAAGGACAACCACAUCUCGGCCAGGCUGACGCUGCGCUACAACCGAGGCUUUGUCUACCUGCAGGAGAACAUUGAUCGGGCCAUCAUUGAGACCCAGACUGGACAGAGAGUCACAGAGCCAGCCGUCCAGCUGCAGCCCUUCCCCUAUCCCUGCUACCUUCGGGAUGAGUUCCUGGAGGCCAUGGCUUUUGUAUUCCCUCUCAUGAUGAUGAUAGCCUGGGUGCUGUUCGUGGCUGAUUUUGUAAAGAAACUGGUACAUGAGAGAGAGCUGAGGCUGCAUGAGUACAUGAAAAUGAUGGGAGUCAACCCGCUCAGCCACUUCUUUGCUUGGUUCCUGGAGUCCACCGCUUACUUGGUGUUGAUCGUGUUCUUGGUCACGAUGGUGUUGAAGUUUGGCAGAAUUCUGCCCAACAGUGACGGCUUCCUCCUUUUCUUGUACCUUUGCGAUUAUGCUUUGAGCAUCCUGUCCUUCAGUUACCUAGUCAGCUCAUUCUUUGACAAGACAUACAUCGCCGGCCUGAGUGCAAGCCUCCUUUACGUCUUUUGCUUCUUCCCGUUCAUUGUGGUCGUGGCCGUGGAGACAAAACUCACCUUUACCCAGAAGGCCGCCCUGGGUUUGUUUUCCCCCACCUGUUUUAGUCAUGCCAGUCAAUAUAUCUCUCGGUACGAGUCCCAAGGAGAAGGCAUUCAAUGGAGCAACUCCUACACCUCGCCCAUAGCUGGAGACACAUCUUCGUUCGGUUGGCUGUGCUGGCUGCUGCUCAUCGACUCCAUCCUCUAUUUCAUCAUCGGGGUUUACAUCCGCAUGGUCCUCCCAGGAAAGUACGGCAUCCCUGCCCCAUGGUACUUCCCCUUCAAGGCCUCCUUCUGGACCAACCUGUGUUGUUGCAUUAAGUCAAACAGUAAGGUGGGCAGAGGACUCCUCUUUACCAACAUAAUGCAGAAAAACCAGCCCGUCUUCGCCGACGACAAGGGAAAAGGCCAGAGCACUCUUUCCUCUCAGGCUGGGGAGGAUUUCUCAGAGCUCCCAGUGGGCGUUGCCCUCCGUGGUCUCAGCAAGAUCUAUGGCGACCGAGUAGCAAUUGAAAACCUCAAUGUUUCCUUCUACGAGGGCCAUGUCACCUCACUGCUUGGUCACAAUGGAGCCGGCAAGACCACCACCAUGUCUCUCCUGACUGGCCUUUUCCCACCAUCUUCGGGCACCAUUGAGGUUUACGGCAGAGACAUGCAGAGCAACAUCGAUGAAGUUCGCAGAGAGCUGGGGGUUUGCAUGCAAUAUGACGUCCUCUUUGACCACAUGACUACCAAGGAGCACCUGCUGCUCUACGGCGAGAUCAAGGCCCCACACUGGUCAUGCAAGGAACUGCACGAACAAGUCCGCGAGAUCCUAGAGGAGACAGGCAUGCACGCACACAGACACAAGCGGGUGGGCACCCUGUCAGGUGGCAUGAAGCGCAAGCUGUCAAUCUCCAUUGCCUUCAUAGGGGGCUCUCGCUUGGUGGUUCUGGAUGAACCCACCACUGGAGUUGAUCCCUGCUCCAGGCGCAACAUCUGGGACAUUGUUCUCCAGUACAAGAAACAUCGCACCAUCAUCAUGUCUACCCACCACCUGGAUGAGGCUGAAGUACUGAGCGACCGCAUCGCCUUCCUGGAGAAAGGAGGUUUAAAAUGCUGCGGAUCCCCCUUCCACCUGAAAGACAAGCUGGGUCAGGGCUACAAACUCACUCUCACCAAGAAGAAUUUAGAAUCUGAGCAGAUUGACAAUGCUGAGCUGAAGUCCUUCAUCCAAGCUCAUGUACCAGAAGCUCGACUGAAGGAGGCCCUGGGGGGUGACCUGGUCUACUCACUGCCCCCCUUUGCCUCAUCCAACGCCUCCUCAUACCGCUCCCUCCUGACCGCGCUGGACUCCAACCUGGACGCCCUACAGCUGGGGGGCUAUGGCAUCUCUGACACCACCCUAGAGGAGGUGUUUCUCCAGUUGACUGAUGGAAACACAGAAGCUGAGACUGAGAACAUCCCCCUGUCUAUCUCAGAGACAAUUUCUGACACUGAUUCCAUAGACAGCUUCCCUUCACACCCCAGUGGAAGCAUCUCCAGCUUUGGAGACAGUAUCAAGCUUACCGGUCCAUCCAUGGCGCGCGGCAUGGCCCUGGCAUGGCAGCAGAUGGCAGCCAUUCUGAUCAAGAGGUUCCACCACAGCCGCAGAGACUGGAAGGGCCUGAUCUCCCAAAUCCUGCUCCCUGUUCUGUUCAUGAUGUUUGCGAUGGCUCUGGGCUCAGUCAGGAACGACCUGCGUCACUAUCCUGAGCUGGAGCUCAGCCCUGCGCUCUACAACUUCGGACAGAGCUACUCUUUCUUCAGUAACCAAAAUCCCAACUCCACCAAGCUGAAGGACACCAUGAUGUCGUUCCCUGGGAUCGAUAACGCCUGCCUCGACAAGUCCGAUAACCCGGUCUGCAAAGGAAGCACAAACAACUGGAGUUCCAGAGGAAACAGCUCCAAAGCAUUUAGUGUCUGUAAAUGCACCCGUCAGGAACAGAUUUGUGAUAGAGACAACUUCCAGCCCCCCCAUAAGAAGAUCCAUUCAUCUCAUAUCGUGUAUAACCUGAAUGGCAUCAAUGUGGAGAACUACCUAGUGGCCACAGCAAAUGACUUCAUCAGGAACAGGUAUGGUGGCUUUACUUUUGGCAUGCCACUCCCUCCUGACUUACAGAUGGACCUAACAGCGGUGCCCAAAAAUCGUACUCUGUCUAAGGUCUGGUUCAACCCAGAGGGCCACCACACAAUGCCAGCAUACUUAAACAGCCUCAGCAACCUCAUCCUACGCUCCAAUCUUCCAGCAGACAAGGAUCCAAAUAAAUAUGCCAUUUCAGUUUCCAGUCACCCCUAUUUUGGCCGGGCGGAUGAUGAAGACUCGAUUGUCCAGGGAAUGCUCCAGAUCAUGGUGGCUAUGUGUGUGCUGACGGGUUUUUCGAUCACGACAGCCAGCUUCGCCAUCUAUGAAGUCAGCGAGCACCACAGUGGCUCCAAGCGGCUCCAGCACAUCUCUGGCAUCAGCGAGCCCUUAUACUGGGCUGUGAACUUCUUUUAUGACAUGAUCAUGUAUUUGAUCCCUGUGACUUUGACUGUAGCCGUGAUUGCAGUCUUCCAGGUUCCAGCAUUCACAGAUCGGCAAAAUUUGGGUGCUGUCACCCUGCUUCUGGUACUCUUUGGGUGGUCUACGUUCCCCUGGAUGUAUCUGUUAUCAGGCGUCUUCAAAGAUGCAGAGAUGGCCUUUAUCGCCUAUGUGUGCAUCAACCUGUUCAUCAGCGUCAACACCAUCAUAUCCACCUCCAUCCUAUACUUCUUGGGUCAAAUUUCAAUGCACAACCCUGAGUUCAUCCAGGAGAUCUUCAAGAGGCUGAGCCAAGCCUUCCUAAUCUUCCCCCAGUUCAACUUUGGGAACGGGCUGAUGGAGCUGGCCAGGAAGAACAUAGAAGUCCAGCUGCUUAGUGGCUACGGCAUUGACGCCUAUCGGAACCCAUUCUCCACAGAUGCCCUGGGCUGGAUGUUCAUCUCCUCUUUCAUUCAAGGAUUGGUGUUCUUCACUCUGCGCCUUCUGCUCAACAGUUCACUCAUACGCAAAGUCAGGAAUCUAAUAUGGGGCAGAAAGACGGUGCCACUGGUGGCUUGUGAGGACGAGGACGAGGAUGUGGCGACUGAGCGCCUACGGGUGUCCAGUGGAGCGGCCAGCACAGAUAUACUGCAGGUCAACCAGCUGACUAAGGUCUAUCAACAACUCAAGAAGAAGGUCCCUGCUGUCAAGAAGCUCUCCGUGGGCAUCCCUGCUGGAGAGUGCUUUGGUCUGCUGGGAGUAAACGGAGCAGGAAAAACUACCACCUUCAAGAUGCUGACUGGAGAUAUUAGCCCCACUGAUGGCACAGCACAGAUCAGGGACUGGGAUGGGCGGUUGGUGGACAUUAUGGAGUGCCGCAACAAGGGAAUUAACAUCGGCUACUGUCCCCAGGUGGACGCGCUGGACAAUCUGCUCACUGGAAAAGAGCACUUGUACUUCUACGCUCGCAUUCGAGGCAUCUCAAAGAGGGAGAUAGACGGGGUGGUGAACUACCUACUGAAGAGGCUGGAGCUGAGCUACCAUCGAAACAUCAUUACUGAUAGUUACAGUUGCGGCACCCGCAGGAAGCUCUCUACUGCGCUGGCUCUCAUUGGACAUCCGCAGAUCCUACUCCUGGAUGAGCCAAGCUCUGGCAUGGACCCUCGCACCAAGCGUCACCUGUGGAAAAUUAUCUCUGAAGAAGUGAAAGGAAAAUGCGCCGUGGUCCUCACUUCUCACAGCAUGGAGGAGUGUGAGGCACUGUGCAGCCGUCUUGCGAUCAUGGUGAAAGGUCAAUUCCGUUGUCUGGGCUCCCUGCAGCACAUUAAGAACAGGUUCGGCAGCGGGUUCACUGUGAAGAUGUACUUGGCCGAGGCCUCCUGUGACGCUGAGGCAAUAACUGGCUUCAUGCGAGACAGAUUCCACAGCACAUACCUCAAGGACCAGCACUCCAAUAUGGUGGAAUACCACGUACCAAUUGCUCCAGGAGGGGUGGCUGACAUCUUUGACCAGCUGGAGUCAAACAAGAAUGCUCUGCAGAUCAAACACUUCUCUGUGAGCCAGACCACACUGGAUGAGGUCUUCAUCAACUUUGCCAUGGGAAAUAUCGCCAUGGAAUCCAUAUCACUGAACAGCGAAGACAGAUAUGAUGACCUGGACUCCAUCAAGGCAGAAGAAACAUAGAGCUGACUGCCAUCUUCUCUCGUCAAUGUCCACUGUGAAAUGGAACACAAUAUCUGUUUGUAUUAAAUCUGCACUUACUAUAAAUGUUAAAAAUAAUAUGUUGUGAUCUAAAUAAUACUGAAAUAUUGAUUAUUUCUUGAAAAUGUCUUGACUGAUCACAUGAAAGAUAACUUACAUUUGUAUCAUUAGCAAAUUGAACUAUUAAUGGAAGGCACAAGGGCACAUGUGCAAACAUGCAUGAAUGACAAAACGGGAUAAAUUGAGGUCCUCUAUCCAACAGGCUGCACACCUGUUUACCUUUAAUUAUCCUGAUUGUAUUAUUAUGAAGGAUAAUAUUAAUCAUGUAGGCAAUUCAAUUAUCCUUGGUUGGGGCACUCUUCACGAUUAGACUAUACCGUAGAAAAUUAUUAAAAAGAAAGCACUGUAUUCUCAAUUAAGAGUAAUUUUGAUGAAUGUACUGAAUAUUUCAUAGACUUUUGCCUGCUUAUGGAUCAAUUCCAAACUGACCCGGAUGUAUCAAGCCUAUUUUUUAUUAUUCUAAUAAAGAUAUAUUUCAAAUGCAA